UACAAACCAUAGCAACACAGUUUGUUGGCAACAAAUUCCGGGUUAGGAAUACAGCGACAGCCCAAAGCAAUCGAUCAUCCAUCUCUGCAGCAGCUGCCCUUACCACGUCUGACGUGCAAUACCACCAUCUGCUGCACAAUUGAGUGAGUGCUGCACUGUGUGGGACUGCGAGGCUCCUCCCGAAGGAGGGAGUGCAGAGGAAAGGGUGUCUGUGGAAAAUGAACCGCUACACAAUGCUAAAACAGCUGGGAGAUGGCACCUAUGGAAGUGUAUUCCUGGGCAAGAGCAAUGAAACUGGUGAGCUGGUUGCCAUCAAGAGGAUGAAGAGGAAGUUUCAUUCUUGGGAAGAAUGCAUGAAUCUGAGGGAGUUGAAGUCGCUGAAGAAACUAAACCAUCCUAAUGUAAUAAAACUGAAAGAGGUCAUAAGGGAAAAUGACCACCUUUUCUUUGUCUUUGAGUAUAUGAAAGAAAACCUCUACCAGCUCAUGAAUGACAGGAACCAUGUAAUGUUUUCUGAAAACGAAAUAAGGAACAUCCUGUUUCAAGUGUUGUCUGGCUUAGCAUUUAUGCAUAAACAUGGGUAUUUCCACCGUGACAUGAAACCAGAGAACUUGCUCUGCACUGGUCCAGAAUUGGUUAAGAUAGCAGAUUUUGGGCUUGCCAGAGAAAUCCGUUCCCAGCCACCAUACACUGAUUAUGUGUCUACCAGAUGGUACAGAGCUCCAGAAAUCCUGCUGAAGUUCACCUCAUACAGCUCACCUGUUGAUAUCUGGGCAGUGGGAUGCAUCAUGGCAGAACUUUACACCCUCCGACCCUUGUUUCCUGGCAACAGUGAGGUGGAUGAGAUCUUCAAGAUCUGUCAAGUCCUGGGGACUUUGAAGAAGGCAGAUUGGCCGGAGGGCUAUAUUUUAGCCACCUCAAUGAAUUUCCGUUUUCCAAAAUGUGUACCGACCUGCCUCAGCUCUCUGAUUCCCAAUGCCAGCGAUCAAGCCAUCACACUAAUGAAAGACAUGCUACAGUGGGAUCCUAAGAAAAGGCCUAAUGCUGCCCAGGCACUGCGGUAUCCAUACUUUUAUGUGGGACAAUCACUUGGUGUCCCUAUGAAGUACUCAAAGCAGCACAAGCUCCUUUCGAAGGAUCUCAAAGGAUCUGUGGAAGAAAAAGCUCCACGUAAGACAAACAAAUUGUGUCAGGAGCCCAAAAAAACCCCAAAAGAAUCACAGACCACCACCCAAGCUCUCCAUGAGCCAAUUCAUCCCACCCAAUCCCCCCAUAAGGUGGACACACAACAACAAACAUGUCCCAGCUUGGUUGCAGAAGAACAGCAAGAACCUCUUAGCCUGGUGAAAAACAGGCAGCCCAUAACUCCUACACAAACGGUAACCACUGGGACAGGGAACAGUGUUACGAGACUGAGAGCUGGACGAAGACGAUGGGGUCAAACGUCUAUCAAAUCGGUCGACAGCUGGGAUACUGCUGAUGAUGCAGAUAUUGGAGUUUCCAUCUCCAAAAAACCCACCAUCAGUGCUUUGAGGGAUGAACCCCUUGAUGUGUCAAACAGUUGUUUUCCUGUGUCAAAGACUUCUACACCAGUAAAACCAACAGGCAUCAAUGGACUGGAAAGAGGGGACUCCGCAAUGUUGUCUCCCAAACAGCACUACAUGCAACAGUCCAGAUACCUACCAGGCAAAGAUCCAAAAAGAUCUUCAACAGGAAACCAGGGGGUCACCAGAAGCCUGUGGGACAUCUUAGGCUUAGCUCAAGGACAGGAACAGGAACGCUCCCUAAUUAAAGACGCCUUCAUGCCCAAGACAAAUAUUUCACCUGUUGAGAUGUCCGAAACUAAAGACGUAAAACAGAUGACUCCACUAGCACAGAGUGGAGGCCCCUCUGCUGGUGAUUUUUCACCCCCUGCUGAUCUCCGGAUUGACUCAAAAUUGAAAGUGUCCAAGAGUGCAAUCUUCUCUAAUAAAGAUAUUCAGAUAGACCAUGAUGACUUCAGAUCUCCUCAAAUCCCUUGUCCAAAUGCCAUUUUUUCAGGAAUGAACACUUUCUCUAGAAACAUAAACAUGCCACCAAUACAUGGGCGGGUAGACUGGACUGCCAAAUAUGGAGGCAAUCGAUAGAACAUCAGUGUGUGGUACCAUGUGCAGAUUACUUCUGAUAUCCUAUCAUUAAUUCACCAAAUCUUGAAAUAUUAACAGAAAAAACCCAGUGAAUGCUACAAUUGUUGACAUUGCAAAGACUCAUUUUGCCAUGAUCCUUCACAAUAACACCUCCAUAUUUCACAAAGAUAAACAGUUCUGCAACAGCAAAUUGUUCAUACUGAAGUGUGACCACUUGUGCUGGUGCAAACCAUAAACCCAACCCCUACCCAAUUCUCACACACAGGUUUCCUACCAGAAUUAGCAGACUUGUAAGGAUCCAUAGUGUUAUACAAUCGACAACAUUCCAUGUUACUCAUGAUGAAUGCGACUCCAGCCUAUAGUCCUUCUGUGAUUCCUGUGUACGAGAGGCUGUCAUCUAAGUCUAUCUCAUGCAUCCUCCUCUCUUAACACCCACUGUCCUCAUGUCCUCCCUCAAAACAUCCAUCAACCUUUUCUUUGGUCUUCCUCUCAACCUUUCAUAUAUGGAUUUAAGUUACAACAAAAAAGAAUUCAAUGUUUUUUCACACUUGUCAUGGUUUCCACUUUUGUCUCAUGGUUUACACUCCCAUCAAUUCCCGAUGACUGUUUUCACAAUUCCCGCUCCCUGCUGCUCCUAAUUAGCUCCGCUCCCAUUCCGGCCCAGUCGUGAGUGAUCGUGAAGUUCACUUGUGACAGAGGACAAAAUGAUGAAGUAUUUCUUGCAAGCAUUCAAGAAAUAACCAUGCAUCUUUCCAUCCAGAGAAAACACUGCACUGUACAGAAACACAAAAGGGGUACUGUACUGGAAUCAUAACCAUUAAACAGAAAAAUGCAGUCAAAAGUAUUUAUUGUGCUACCAGUUUUUUUUUUUUUAUUUCUGGAUACAUUCAUGCAAAUAUCAGUUAUAUGCAUAAAGAAACUUUCUUUGGAGUAAAGACUUUGCAUACAAAUUAAUACAACUGUUACAUGUGAAAAUGUUUUUAAAGAUGUGUUCUGUUACGAUUGAGGCGAGUGAAGGGUGAGGAAGGACCCAGGGAAGCAGGGGCAAAGACAGGAGUAGAGGAAUCUCAAAAAUAUUGAACGCUUGAAAACAACUUCAAUAACCAAAAGUAUUCAAUGUAACAAAGUAUGACUUAAAUAAAUCUACACGAGAAAGUUGACAUGAUUGAAAAAACAAUGAGCAAAUAAAGCAACAAACAACCCACAACAUGGACAAUGGACUGACACGAACUGAAAAACUGGAGCGCUAAAUACAGAGAGCUUGACGAGACAACAAGAAACACCUGGACAGGACUGGACAGGCUGGAGGGAGCUGAUUGGUCAACACAAGGGAGGAGGGCAAACGCGAACAGUGGACACAAUUCACAAAAUGAGCACACAAGACAUGGAACAUGACAUUAUCUGUAAAUACAUGCAUGAAAUGUUUUAUUGGACAAGAUGACUGCAAUUGACUGGUGACCAGUUAAGGCUGCACCCAACCUCUCUUCCAAAGGCAGCUGAGCUUGGCGCCAGCAAGCCUAUUGUGGAUAACUGGUACAGAAAAUGGAUGGAUGGAUGGACAUGAUAUUUCAGUGAACAAAAAUAUAAACGUGACAUUUUUGUUUCAUUUUUAAUUUGGAUGGAUGGACAUGAUAUUUCAGUGAACAAAAAUAUAAACGUGACAUUUUUGUUUCAUUUUUAAUUUUCCAUCUUACUUGCAGGACUGUGAAGGUUACUGAUUCGUGUCGCUAUCUUUCCAUUGGUCUGAAGAUAUGUUUCUUCAAACAGAUGUUUUUUUUUUAAAUUCACUAUUAAUAUUUUGUUUGACCAAUAUUCUGUGGGCUCAAAGUGAUUAUACUUAGCACCAGAUUUAUAGUUACGUAGGAUGAGUAAAGUUUCCGUACAACUUUAAUUUUGUGUUUAAUGCUUAUAUAAAACGUUGAAUGUUUGUGUGGUUGCACUACUACAUUGUUGAAUUGUUUUGUUUAA